CGAGGCUGUUAAUCGGCUAGCAGAUGGUGUCAGAGUAAAGAGUACUCUUUCUUGGAGACAUCUUGUUUUCCAUCACACAUUCUGAAGCUGAGAGAGAUGAUGAAGAAGCAAGAAGAGCUGGAGCAAAAGCAGAAACAAAUUGAUCAAUCAGUCUGCAAGAUCAAGUUGUUUUGUCGACAUCCAACUGACCAGAAGAUGAUGGAGUCAGAACUGGAAGUUCACAAGGACAAGACACUCAAGAAGGCCACUGGAAUUGCUUACGAGAUGUUUCAACUACAGAAGGUUGUGCCAAUAGAACGAUGUCGUCUAGUAAAAUACGAUGAGUUUUACGAGUCACUGGAACAUUCUUAUGAAGGAGAAGAGGAGUACCCAAUAUCUAAGGUAUUAGGAGGUGUGAGACACAUUGACAACUUUAGCCUUCUACUUGAGAUACGAGGAGAGGGUCAGAAAUUCAAACACUAUAAAUCAGGAGGAGUCACCAUCAAGGCAUUUCUUGUCGACUUGGAGAACGAGACAAUGUCCAGGGCUGCCACUGUCCGUUCACGUCUGUCGGAUACGAUAGCCGAUCUGACAUGCGAUUUAGCAGAGGCAUUUAAUGUGUCUUCAAAGAAGAUGAGACUUUGUGUGGAGCAGUACUACAGAAAUGUGAAGGUCCUUGACAUUCCAGAUCGGGCUUUGAAGAAGGAAGGAUUUUACAAGACGGCAAAGGUAUUUGCUGAGGCGCAUGGAGAAGAUGAUGUUGAUUUCUUUGAAUCUAGACUUUUCAAAUUUGUGGACAGUGCAGUCAACUCAUUGAUUUUGUCCGUUACGAUACCAUCUAGUGAGCUACAGCAGAAUGGUGACGUUCAGAGUGACAGGAGUUUGGAAAACAGGAGGGGUGGAAGCAACGCUACUGGAGGUAGUGACGCCAAAGACGAUGAUCAACUACCACCUCUCAUUCCAAAACCGAAAACCAUAACACUGAAAGUCGAUCGACGUAUCACUUUGUCAGAUCUCAAACAGAAGUUGGAGCAGCAUGUUGGGCAACCUGCCAGCCAAUUUAGAAUUUUUUGUGUUUACUCUAACAACCAGGAGUUUGAAGCGACACGUCUAGAAGACACCCUUACGGCUUUCUCGGAUGAUACAAAGCUGGUAGUAAAGUAUGGUCGAGCUCUAGCACCAGGAGAGUUCAGAGCAAAGGUUUAUGAGCUUCUAGUGAACAAUCCUGAGCCGAGUAAAUUUCUCUUUGACUGGAUUAUAUCAAAGAAGAUGACAGUUGGCAAAUGUAAAGAAGAAAUGUUACCCGAACUGGAGAAACACGGCAUUGAGACUUCAUUUGAUCGACUACGAAUACGCAAAAAGAUGCGGAGAAAUCCAGGAACCAUCCUAUUGAACGAUCAUGUCUUUGAUACCGACAUCUCAAUAUACAGCAACUGGGAAAUGUUUGUUGAAGUGCUUAAUGGACCUGAACCUCUACAAGGGCCAUCACACAUGUCAUUGUUUGCACGGAGGUGGUGUCCAUCGACGUACACUCUGCAACCUUUUCAAGAAGUCGUUCUCGAGCUGUCGUCUCCUUUAGAGUUGAAACAGAAGAUUUCUUGUGCCAGUGGUAUUCCAGUUGAAAGAGUGGAGUUUGCUAAAGGCCGUGGCUCCUUUCCUUGUGACGUCUCACUCCUUGAAAUCCAAGAGAAGCUAGACUGGAAUCCGAAUGUGACCGUACUCAAUGUCUGGCCGUUGUAUAUAUACGAUGACGGGGCUGUCAUCUUUUAUAGGGACAGUGAGGAGGAAUCCGUGCCACUCAGUGAGGAGAGACGGCGGGAGAUACAAAAGGAGGAAAAUGUGAGUUCCCCAACUGCAUCUCUAGUGUCAGUUGUACCUAACAGCAGUCGUACAAGCUCUAGAGCAGCAGCAGCAGCAGCAAAUGUUCAUCUCUCUACACCAGUGACACAAAGACUGAGGACCACUACAUCUACAGAAAAACCUUCAAGACAAAUGGCUGGUAAAGAUGAGCAGUUAGUAGAGGAGCUGAUUCAACAUAUAGAACAACUGAGAAAAGAAGGUUCAGCAAAAGAUAGAGAAAUUGCUGAAGUGAGAAAACAAAGUGCAGACCUACAGACGGCAUUGAGAGGUGAGAGGCUGCAAAGAGAAAAUGAAGUUAGUGAAAAGAGAAGAGAGAAAGAAGAGUUACAGCAACGAUUACUUGAACAAGGGCAGCAAGUUGUUGAACUAAGACAGUGUAUUGUCAAUCUACAGCAUGCUUUGAGGGAUGAGCAAGUACAAAGAGAACAGGCAGUUAAUAGAGAGAAAAGAGACAAAGAAGACCUUCAACAACAAUUACAACGAGAGAAGGACAAUCUUCAGCAACUACUAAAUGAAGAGCAAAGAGAAAAAGCCACCAUUGAAGAGUUACUCUCAGAUGCUGAAGCAGCAAUUAUACGAUACGAACAAAGACUAAGAACUGAAGUUCUCAAUAUUCCUUCACAUGACAUUCAAUUGACUGGUACAGAACUAGGACGUGGAUCAUAUGGAGCUGUUUUUGUUGGAUAUUGGUGUGGCUGUCCUGUUGCUGUCAAACUGUUGUAUGAUCAUUUGGCUGCUGUUCAACGCAACAUUCAACUUGUGCAACAAGAAGCAUCUGUAGCAUGGAAGAUACAUCAUCCAAACAUUGCUGCUGUUUGUGGUGUCACUCUGGAGUUAGAAGAGAAGAAGGCAUGGAUUAUCAUGGAAUUACAUAGCGGCUCCAUGUCUGGUGUGAUUGAUGCAUGUCAAGGAGGUGUUGCACCUCUCACUUUACGAGAAAACAUUGACAUGACACACGAUUCUUUGUGUGGACUCGAUUACAUUCAUUCUAUGCAACCUCGGGAGAUUCUGCACGGUGACAUCUGCCCAAGGAACAUCCUGGUAACUGCAACAAUGAGAGCCAAACUGGGUGAUCUAGGAGCUGCUCGUUUUCAAGAUGCUUCACUUUCAGUUGGUCUGCUCAGUCCACAAUACACACCUCCUGAGCGAUAUGAUGUUCCAACUUCACCAAAAAGCAAGAAGACCGACAUGUACAGUAUGGCUGUGACCAUAUGUGAGCUCUUCACUGCUGUUCCUCCAAAUCGUGAACUAAGGAUGGAUCAAGUCGUACUCAUCCGCCACAGAAAUGUUCGGGCUUUAUGUAAGCACUUGAUGAGAGAUAAUCCUGCUACACGACCAACAGCAGCAGCAGCCCGUCAUAUUAUUAGUCGUAUUCGUGAUACAGAUGAGUAUAAAGCAUGUCCUCCUAAACGAAUGGUAAAGGGCAAGAUGGAUGGAAUAGCUGAUGUGACUCUCGUUUAGUCCGUUUGGUGAAGUUGACAUGUCAUUGACCUAUGUGUUUCUUCCUGACACCAUUUAUAUGUUGUUACAAGGUAGCUUUGUAUUGCAUUUUGAUAUUUCAUUGGUCAGACUCAGUCAGACAUCGUCAAACUAAUCGUCAAUCUUGUGAUACUGUACUUCGACGAAUACAGACUAUUUGU